UUCAAUUCAGUCUGGAAAUAUCUGUGGCUGUACUUUAUCAAAAUUUUAUCAAAAACACCUGAAAAUAAUAUGGUUAUCCAAAAUACUUCGCUAGUUUGUUGAGUGAAUAACUCAUCGAUCAUAGCUGAUAAAGACUUAAAAAGAAUUUCUGUGCGCUUAAAUGAUACACUUAUUAUCCCACGCGUAAACGUGCUCAAGUGAUUAUAUUUCUCCGGCAAACAGGUUCGCGCGUGAAGAAUGGCGCACUGAGGUCAUUCUUUGUUUACAAUUCUCCAUUCCGGUAAAAGUGAUAAAUCGUAAAAAUGGCAAGAUAUUAUGAGAAUACGACUGUGUUUAAUUUUAGUUGGGACCAAGUGGCACGCGGAUACUGGAAGAGGUAUCCAAAUCCACAAAGUACUCAUGUGCUUUCCGAGGAUACAUGGAGCAGAUGUGUGAAGGAUGGAUGUUUAUACACAAAAAGACUGUUAACUAAAACUAAUAGAGUACCAAAAUGGGGAGAAAGAUUCUUCAAUGCAAAAUCGGUCAAAAUUAUAGAAGAGAGUGUUGUGGACCCUGAGAAGAAAGUGCUGGUCACGUACACUAGGAAUUUAGGUUACACUAAAGUUAUGAGCGUAGUAGAGCGAGUAGAGUACCGUCCCUCAGGGCCCUCCCAAACCGUGUGCGUUCGUUCUGCGUGGGUCGAUUCACAAGUGUUCGGAUUCUCGCGGGCCAUCCGCGCGUUUGGCGUGGAACGGUUUAGGAAAAAUGCUUCUCAGAUGGUGAGCGGGUUCAACUUCGUGCUGCACAACAUGUUCCCGCGGCCGGCGCCGCACGCGGUGUCGCACGCGCUGAAGGAGAUGCGCGACGCGGCCGCCGCCGCCACCGACCGCGCCAAGGCCAACGUGCUCUCCUCCGUCAACCGCACGUAGGACUAGCGGGCCCUGGGGCCUGCCAUGUCACACAGUUACAAUAAGGCCCUAGGAAAACUUCAGUUGUUAAACGCAAACGAUUUGUCGCUACAAUACGAAGUGAAACGGGCUCUAGGGCUUGUGUAGUCGCUAAGUUACAGUCGAGCUCUAGUGCCUGCGCAGUCGUUACAAGUUACGAUAAAGCCCUAGGACAGUUUAGUCGUUUAAAGUUACAAUUGGGCCCUAAGGCCUGUGUAGUCGUUAAAAUUUACAAUUGGGCCCUAGAGCAGAUAAGUCGUGAAAUGUUACAAACGGGCCCUAGCGCCUGUGCAGAGGCGA